CGCACAGUGUGCAGGGGAUGCAUCUUGGUAGAGACCUUGGUCUAAACAGCACCAUCUCCACUGUAUUUACUUCUUCGCGGUGUUCACAGUAUCUGAUGUAGGAGGAGUGUGUCGCAUUAUAUACAGGUUAUUGGGCUUGGUUUAAUCAUUUCCAUGCUACGCAUGCACCCCUUAUACGUACACUGACAUAGAACAGUAUUGUAGGAAGGACAAAGAGGGAUGGAAGCUGUACAUUCAGUAUCACCCAUAUUAGCUUGGGCAACAUCUCUUACCCAAUUUGAGGCGGUGGACGUAGAUAAUUGGCCGCCAAAAUGUAAUCUCAGGCAGUUUGACUGGACCGUUCCCACCAAUGUGGCGUACUAUGACCCGCAUUCGGGAUUCGCCGACCGCUUCAAGGAGGCGCGCAAGUUGCUGGAUUACAAUUAUCAUCACAACCUGAUGGUCAGCCGACAGGAACUGCAAGACGCGAUUCUGGCACGCAUUGCCAAUGCUGCGAUGGACUCUUGCGAGGACGACGGUGAUGAGGCCAAUGCUGGUGUAGGUAGCCGUCCCGGUUUAGAUUUCGGGGCCAAAACCGGUACGGGAAGCAGCAAACGAAGCGCACAACGACCGUGGAUUGUGUUCUCGGGCGGGGCUAUGGGUGUGGGCAAGGGAUACACACUUAGCACUCUCAAUAAAAUGGGUGCGUUCAAGCUCAGCAGGUUUGUGGUGAUCGACCCAGACAAGCUGAAGAGCGAACUACCGGAGAUGGCCGGAUACCUGCGCGAAGAACCGGAAACAGCCGCUACCAAACUGCACCGAGAAUCCACGCAGAUGUCCGAUGUGCUGUUCAACUACGCCUUGGCCCAGGGCAAGUGUAUGCUGGUGGAUGGGAGCCUCAGGGACGUGGAGUGGCACAGACAGUUGUUUGCCGAUGUUCGGGACAACCAUCCGCAGUAUCGCAUUGGUAUCAUACAUGUAAGCGCGAAGAGAGAAACGGUGCACGCACGCGCACAAAAGAGAGGCGAAGUGUCCGGACGGUUCGUUCCCGUGGAGACGAUAGAUGAGUCGUACAGCCAGGUGCCCAAAUCUGUGCACCAACUGGCGCCGCUGUCGGAUUUGACGUACGAAUUGUCCAACGAGGAUCACAGCCCUGUGGGCAUAGUAUCGUGCCAGGUGAGGGGUGAGUAUGUGGAUGUGACGGACUAUACCUGGGACGACUUUGAAGCCUCGUGGGAACGGCCGGACGAGCCAAUCGAGGCCGAAGGCUCGGAGGUUGAGGACAAAAGGGAUCUUGAGUGUGAUAAUAUACUCAGGCGGAGGACCACUAAUGGACCGGACCGGAGGAUCAAGAAAGUGGGCCGGAGGAGGCGAAUGUCCCUAGUACGGGAUGGGGGUAUGGGCGACUGCUACAACGACCCCAGAGCCCACGACGCAGCUAUGGACAUCUGGUCCAAAGCGUACCCGAAUUUCUGUGCCAGGUGCACCUUGGUAACGGACAGGACGUGUGGGGUCUGUGUCCAUGGCAAGCAUUACUGUGCCUGUGAGGCCUGCAACCCAUCGGCUGGGUCGAUUAAGAAGUACCGUUUGAAUAUGGUGCAGCAGAAGUCGUAGCAGUGGGGGCUGGCGAGUGCCGAACACAAAUACCUAUGCCAAUGGAAGUGAAGUGUUGGAUUGGCUUUUGACGCCAAUAAACCGUUGUGUGUGCAAUUGUUAGUGCGGAUUGCAAUAGAAACAAUUUUAUGGAUUAUCUCUAUUCAGAAACAUUGAUGUAUGAAUUCUAUUAUAACAGAAACAUUGAUGUGUGAAUUCUAUUAUG